UCGCGGCCGGGCCCUCGCGACCGACACGCGUGUCAACAUCCACCACUAGCAGCUUUUACAUAAGCUUUUCGACAAUUCAUUCGCUAAAUACAUCCUAAUAUACCUAUGGACUAAAGUGACGGGAAAAUACGUGACAUCUUUGAAGUUAGAUUAGCAAUACGUUUUAAUUAAAGAAGAUCACACAAGUAUCUAUCGCGGGACCAAAAGCUGCGGAUGUAUUGUUUGUUUGCAAACAAGUUGUAUUAACUUUUAAGUGGACUGCUGUGAAUAAUAACCAAGAAAAAUGCCUGCCGAAGUCGAAGUCACAUCAAGAGUCGUUCUUCGAGAGGUUACUCCGGAGAUAUCCAAGCACAUGCUGACGGACGUAGAACGCCUCCCUGCCGUGCAGUUGGGGGACUUCUUGCUGCAGAUCGAGUUGGACGAGCCGCGCGAGGCGGUGCGCGAGGUGGCGCGCCGCGAGCUGCGGGAGACCCCCGAGGUCGUCAGCGCCGCCAUUGAGGAUCUCAAGCGGCUGCUUAUUGAUGAAAAAGAGUUGUUGGUGCCCCUGGACAACGAGGCGUGGCUGGUGCGCUUCCUGCGGCCCUGCAAGUUCUACCCGGAGAGCGCAUACGAUCUCAUCAAGCGGUACUACGCGUUCAAGGUGAAGCACCAGAAGCAGUACGAUGGUCUGCUGCCGAGCCGCGAGCAGAACAUCUUCAACCACAACAUCCUCACCGUGCUGCCCAACCGCGACCAGCUGGGCCGCCGCAUCCUCGUCAUCGAACUGGGAAAGAAAUGGAAGCACAACAAGUGCUCCCUGGACGAGGUGUUCAAGGGCUGCGUGCUGUUCCUGGAGGCGGCCAUGUUGGAGCCGGAGACGCAGAUCUGCGGCGCCGUGGUCAUCUUCGACAUGGACGGGCUGUCCAUGCAGCAGGUGUGGCAGUUCACGCCGCCCUUCGCCAAGCGCAUCGUUGAUUGGCUGCAGGAAAGCAUCCCGCUUAGGAUCAAAGGCUUAUACAUUGUGAACCAGCCCUACAUCUUCAACAUGGUGUUCCAACUCUUCAAGCCCUUCCUGAAGGAGAAGCUGCGGUCCCGCAUCAUCUUCAUGGGCAGUGACAAGGACCAGCUGCACAAGCACAUCAGCCCCAAGUGUCUGCCGGAGUGCUACGGCGGAACCCUCACUCUGCCGCGAGUCACGGGACCCCAGUGGUUGGAGCUGCUGCUUAUGUGCGAUCAGGAGUUUGGAGCCAUCAACAGCUACGGCUACAAGAAGAAGUAAAGUGGGUGUCCACAGUCCACAGGCCAUCUUGCCUUAGACUCGUCAAGUGUUUGUGAUAAGAGUUGGGACAUAUCGAUGAGUUUAUUAGACUACAAAGGAUGAUGGAGUAGCUCAAUUAUGUUUAGUGGUGAGAAGGCGUUUGUUUAGAAGACUGCUGGUGCACGUAUUUAUAAAAAAUAAAGGCUCCUUUAGUGGUGUCGAACUCUUUUUAUCAGACCCCUUACCAUGAAUUUUCAUCGUGAACGUGACGUGAAAUUACUCGAUGAAUUUUGUAGGGAAAUUUUAGUUCUGCUACUUACCGCAUGUUCAUAUUUUCAUACAAAAUUACUCGAUGAAUUCUACUUCACGUUCACGAUGAAAAUUCAAGCUAAGGGGUCUGGAGUCAGGAAAGGGUCAUUUCCGUAUCCUGAACACAUUCUAAGUUUGGAGUCUGUAUUUUCUAAGAAUACGUGGGUUUAUUUAUAUUUAACGUGAUAAUGCAAUUUUUUUUUACAUUCCUUUUUAGAAUUAUCCAUUUAUAUUGCUGUAAAGCCUGCAAUGUGUCAAUGUUAGUAAUUAUAUUAUAAUAUAAGGCGAGGUGAGUAUAUUAUGUAGGUAGGUAUAUUUUUGUUAAAUACUUCGUCUGCAUAUUUUUUAAACUUAUUGAUGCUCUGGCAGAGGUGGCAGACUAAAAAUUAUAUACAACUCUAAAUUGAUAUAAAUUAUAUAUUUUUAACCUUAUGUAAUAUUAAGUAGUAUAGGCUGUGAUUGCAUGGUUUAUAUAAAGAUUAUAAACCUUAUUUUAUAGGUUUGUUUUGUAUCUAAUGUAAUCCAAUAUAUUCAUGUACUUAUUUAUAGAAGAGAAAAUUACAGAAAGUAAUAAUGGAAAACGUUAUUAAAUCAUAUCAAAAUCUCAAAAAAGUUAAAUGUAAUAUCCUGUUAUGUCUUAGUAAUAAAUGUAUAUCCUGUGAUACAGGGAGUUAUAGUGUAGUGAGCCAAGAAAUUGUAAACCUAUCACAAAUUUACUAGUUAUUUAUGAUAAAGAUGGGAUAUUUUUAUAAUAAACUAUAUUUUAAAAUGUUCAAAA